AUGUGGGAAUCGGCCAUCAGCGCCAGAGAUAUCCUGUUGCAAGCCCAGGGCUCCUCAGGGGCACCCGCAGGGACCUCUGGAGCAUUGGGGCCCCAUAAUAUGUGGGGAGUUGGUGGCGAGGCUGGGGACGCUCUACGGAUUCACCAGCAGCAGCAGUUGCAUGCAGCAGCUGCUGCUUCGCGCUUGGCCUUUCCGCAUAAAGAAGAAGGAGCGGGGACAGCAGUAUGGAUAACCCCGACGCCGGGACACGUAAUUAAGGCGCGAGUCAAAAAUGGCCAGAAACUUUUUCUUAACAUCUGCAGCCACCCACAAAUAGAGCCGUGGCACUACAAGGAAGUCCUCUCUGAAGAGGGGCAGGGGCCCCAGGGAGGGCUUCGAAUCCCGAUGAGUAUAGGCCCUUGUGUACAGACACAUGAUAAGGAAGGCGCUGCUGCUCUUUGUUGCGAUGUCGUCUUCAACAAAGGCAAGGGCUAUGCACAACCAGGGCGUUUGCACCCUUCGGUAGCUCGCAAGCACCAGCUUGACCUGCAAGAGACAGUGUCCUAUCCAAAGGCCUCUUACAAAGGAACACUGCCUCCCCCCAGGCAGCGCAUUAGGGUGACACGCGAAGCCCAUAUUGAGCUACUCGAGGGGGAAGCUGCAACGGAAGAGCGGACGACAUCAGCAAAGCGGGAGGCGGCAAUCGCACCUCCACCACAUCCCACAGGGGGAGGCAGCAGCCUUGCCGAGUACUUGGUGUGGGAGGGGGUCUUCGCCACACCCGCAGACGCAGGGGCAUAUUGCCUCGCUUUUGCAGAAGGCCUGUGGCCCCAACAAGGCCGAAGCAUCCAGGCAAUGGCUGUUAGCUCCCAGCGCGACGCAACUGCUACCACACAACAGGACUCGCCCUGGAUAGCUAGCUGGAUUAACAGCUGCAGCUGCAACAACUGCAGCAGCAGCUGCUGCAGCCGCGACGACAGCUGCAGCUGUGAGCGGCUUAUUCCCGUCGGAGCAGUCGAAACUGCCGCCCUUUCUUGCGGAGUCUCCAGUUCAAACAAACGGCGCGGCCUUAAGAAAGCCUUUCUCGUGACUCCCGAGGCAGCUGCAGCAAGCAGUACCAGCAGCUGCAAACAGCAGCAAGCUGAAGCAUGUAGUGGCAAUGCAGAUAGCCUGGCGUGGGAAUUCAAGUGUACAUACACCCUGAAGAUAAGCGACCUUGAAGUCGUUGUGUUGCCGCUCCGUGGGGCCCUCUGGGGCGUUGAAAGGAAUACCAACGGGCCCCUCAACGGCUGCAGCCUUGCUUUUCCGCUGCGCCUGCAGUCGAGAGCUGCAUUCGCUUUAGUGCGCACGUACAGCUGCUGCGAGAGAGCCAAAGCUUCACUGCAGCAGCUGCAGCAGCAGCAGUGGCUUCCCAAAGGGGAGGCGCAGCUGAUGCCCCCUGAGGGGGGCCAGCCCGCUCUGAAAAGCAAACAAUCUGCAGAUGCAGCCUUUCUGCUGACAAUAUGUUUAUACACGGACGCUGCAGCUGAGGCGGCCCUGGCGCGUAUCUGUCCUGCAGCAGCAGCAGCAGCAGAUGCCGCAGCAAUUGAGGCAGUCGAUGGAGCAGCCGCAGAUGCUGACAAGGAAGAGAUGAGCACGAAGUUACACGUGGAGAUAGACGACAGCUCCUCUUCAGACGACGACUGCUCCAGCGUGAUUCUCGAGAGCAGAACCGAAGAAGGCAGUUAG